UCUCUCUCUCUCUCUCUCUCUCUCAUCAAACCAGGGGCGAGUGAUCUGUUUCCUUUAGAUCUCAAAAAACCCACUUUUUUUCAUUAAAUGUAUUUGCAAAAUUUAUGGGUCUCUUUUUAGUUUGGUGGAAUCAAUGUGUGUUAAAUAGGGUUUCUAUCUUUAAGAACUUAAGAUCCCAUCUUUAGUAGAACUGUUCAAUAGAAGAAUUCUGUGAAUUCACUAUGGAUUUGUAAAUUGGAUUUCUUUCUAGUUUUAUCAGUAGUUUUUUUAGGAAAUUGGGGUGCUGAGCAUUUUGGAUUAUUGAUUAGUUCUUGAGAAGUUGUUGUGAAAUAAAAAAUUUGAGGCAAGGUGGGGAGGCAGGAAAACAUGAGCAGCUGUUGUUGAAGAUUAAAAUUUGUUGGUCCAAAGUGGGUGUUGGGUUUUUCUGGUUUUGGGUAGAGAUAUAAGGGGAUUUUAUGUUUGGGAAGACGGAGAAGAGGUAACAAUGGCAGCCGGAACUGAUUUAUCGCCUCCAUUCGCUCUUUUAGAAGGCGGGUAUGAUAAGGAAAAGGGGAGUUCAUCAGAUGAAGAGGGGUCAGGGGCUCAUGAGAAUUUGAAGCAGAUGAUGGUUGGGAAGCCCCCUCGUCACAUUUCGUGUAUGCGGCAUUGUGUUAGUACUGCACGCCUCGCGACUGCUGCCGAAUUGGAUUCAGAUAAUGUAAUUGAAGUCGUGAAGCCACCAUCUGAUGGAAAGGCCGCGUUUAUACCUGUAUUUCGGUCUGGUAGCUGCACUGAGAUAGGUCCCAAACCAUAUAUGGAGGAUGAACAUGUUUGUAUUGAUAACCUUGAGGAGUAUCUUGGUACUGCUGUUCAGGACUUCCCAACCCCUGGCGCAUUCUAUGGUGUUUUUGAUGGUCAUGGCGGUACAGAUGCUGCUUCAUUUAUAAGAAAGAACCUUCUUAAGUUCAUGGUUGAGGAUUCUCAUUUUCCCAGAUGCAUGGAUAAGGCCAUCACAAGUGCAUUUGCAAAGGCGGAUCAUGCUUUUGCAGAUGCCCAUUCCCUUGACAGCUCUUCAGGCACAACAGCGCUAACAGCGCUUAUAUAUGGACGGACCAUGCUCAUUGCCAAUGCAGGUGACUGCCGAGCAGUCUUGGGAAAGAGGGGCAGAGCAAUAGAGCUCUCUAGAGACCACAAGCCAAACUGCUCCAUAGAAAGACGGAGGAUCGAGAAGCUUGGUGGCAUGGUCUAUGAUGGCUAUCUAAAUGGGCAGCUAUCAGUUGCAAGGGCUUUAGGAGACUGGCACAUGAAGGGCCCAAAGGGCUCAGCAUGCCCCUUAAGUGCCGAACCUGAGUUACAAGAAGCAAUACUUGGUGAAGAAGACGAGUUCUUGAUAAUGGGGUGUGAUGGCCUUUGGGAUGUUAUGAGUAGCCAGUGCGCUGUUACCAUAGCAAGGAAAGAGCUUAUGCUCCACAAUGACCCUGAGAGAUGUUCUCGAGAGUUGGUUAGAGAGGCCCUAAAGCGUAAUACUUGUGAUAACCUGACUGUGGUUGUGAUUUGUUUUUCGGCUGAUCCACCCCCACGAAUUGAAAUCCCAAAGACACGGGUAAGGAGGAGUAUAUCAGCUGAGGGGUUGAAUUUCUUGAAAGGGGCAUUGGAUAGUGUUUGAGGAAAUUUGGAGAAGUUAAAGGGAAGGCAGAUUUUUGCUUCUUCUUUUCUUUUUUUUUCCCUUCUUCUUUUGAUUGUUUUCAACUUUUUGAGGUACCCGCAUGUAAUACGGAGGAGCUAUCAACAGUCUGUGAGCAAAUGGGGGAGAUGAAGCAGAACUGGAGGAGAUAAAAUGGAUGUAGGUUCCUAGCUGCAUUCUCCUUUUCCUACUGUCUUUAGGUUCUUUUUCUUUUCUUUUCUUGUUUUUUUUUUUUUUUUUUUGAGGGAUCCAAGUGCAAUAUGGAGGUUUUUCAAGGGUGUUUUUUUUUUUCACUUGGCCUUGCUAGUGUUGGCAGAUAUUUGACCCCUCAAAAAAUAAGUUGUAGGAUAGAAUAGGAGUGGUUAACUGGCAGGAACUUGUACAUUUGAGGUUUCAUAGCUGUGUUGGAGAGGACUAGGCAAUUGUUUUGGUUUUUAUAAUUUAUAAUUUAUUUUUAUUUGUGUAUCUCAAAUCAUAGGAGUUUCUGUCCAAUAAAGCUUUGGCUUGAGCUUACCAUUCAA